AGGUCGUUUACGGAAGCCGAGCUGAGCCAGCACAGACGGUUUCCACCCGCUAAAAGCGAAAUUCCAGAGGCAGGAGCAGCGAGCGGCCAUUCCUGUUUGAGCGAGGAGGUGCCGGGGAGGAAUCACUCCGAAAGGAAAACAACACGACACCAAAUAUUUUGUGCUCGGCAGCCGCCAUGAGUUUGGAGAAAGCCCAGCUGUGCGACUCGCUGCUGAUAUGGCUGCAGACGUUCCAGGUUCCCUCCUGUUCCUCCAAACAGGAACUGACGAGCGGCGUGGCGGUGGCACAUGUGCUGCACAGGAUAGACCCUGGCUGGUUCAACGAGGCGUGGCUCGGACGAAUCAAAGAAGAGAGCGCAGAGAACUGGAGGCUGAAGGUGAACAACUUGAAGAAGAUCCUGCAGAGCAUGCUGGAGUACUUCCAUGAUGUUUUGGGCCACCCCGUUUCAGACCGUCACCUGCCCGACGUGAACCGGAUCGGGGAGCUCAAUGACGAGACUGAACUGGGCAAACUGGUCCAACUGGUGCUGGGCUGUGCGGUCAGCUGUGAGAAGAAGCAAGCUCACAUCCAGCAGAUCAUAACCCUGGAGGAGUCCGUGCAGCAUGUGGUCAUGACGGCCAUCCAGGAGUUGAUGACGAAGGACUCCGCAGAUCCAGGGACCCCAGAAACAUACGGAGACUUCGACAAUCAGGCCCAGAAGUAUUAUUUCUUGAGUGAGGCUGUGCAUGAGAAGGAGGAUUUGACCCUACGAUGCAGGGAGCUGGAACAGCAGGUAUCCUCUAUCCAGGAUGAGAGGAACGCUCUGCUGUCUGAGACCCGCAGCCUGAGAGAGCAGCUGAACCAGCGAGACCCGCCCACUAACAUCAUGGGCAAGAAGCUGCUGCUGCUGCACAGCCAGCUGGAGCAGCUGCAGGACGAGAACUUCAGGCUGGAGAGCUCCAAGGACGACCUGCGACUGCGCGCCGAGACGCUGGAGAGGGAGGUGUCCGAGCUGCAGCGUCGAAACGAGGACCUGAGCAGCCUGGCGGAGGAGGCCCAGUCCCUCAAAGACGAGAUGGACGUCCUGCGGCACUCGUCAGACAGGGUGAGCCGGCUGGAGGCUCUGGUGGAGACGUACAAGAGGAAGCUGGAGGACCUGGGAGACCUGCGCAGGCAGGUGAAGCUGCUGGAGGAGAGGAACGGCGUGUACAUGCAACGCACCUGCGAGCUGGAGGAGGAGCUGAGGAGAGCCAACGCCGCACGCAGCCAGCUGGACAGCUACAAGAGACAGGUCCACGAGCUGCACAGCAAGCACUCCUCGGAGGCGAUGAAGGCGGAGAAGUGGCAGUUUGAGUUCCAGAACGUCCACGUGAAGUACGAAGCCCUCCUGAAAGAGAAGGAGAGGCUGAUCGCUGAGAGGGACACCUUACGAGAGACCAACGAAGAGCUCAGGUGUGUGCAGGUGGAGCAGACGUUCCUCAGAGAAGCAGAUUCCCUUGGUGAGGAAGACGCCAGUUCAGUGGGUAACCUGGCAGCGGAGAUUAUGCCAGCGGAAUUCAAAGACUCGAUGGCGCGGCUGCAGUCUGAGAACAGGAUGCUGUGUGAGCAGGAGGAGAGCGGCCGGCAGAGACUGGCGGAGGUGCAGGGCCAGCUGGAGGAGUCCCGUCGGAGCCAGAACCGCCUGGAGACUCAGAACCGGCUGGACCAGCAGCACGUCACUGAAUUGAAGGCGCAGGUGCAGGAGCUGCAGAGAACUCUACAAGAGCAAGACACCAAGACUGAGGACUCAUCCUUGUUGAAGAGAAAACUAGACGAGCAUCUAGAGAAGCUCCACGAGGCGCACUCGGACCUGCAGAAGAAGAAGGAGUUUAUCGAUGACCUGGAGCCCAGAAUCGACGACGACGCCGCGAGGAAGAUUGACGAGCUUGAGGAGAGCCUGAAGAAGAAAGACGAGGACAUGAAGGCGAUGGAGGAGCGCUACAGGAAAUACGUGGAGAAGGCCCGGACGGUUAUUAAGACACUGGACCCGAAGCAGCAGCCUGAUACGGUGGCUCCCGAGGUCCGGUCUCUGAAGAACCAGCUGCAGGAGAGAGAGAGCAGGAUCCAGCACCUCCAGCAUGACUUUGAGAAGUCCAAGUCCAGACAUGACCAGGAGGAGAAGCUGAUCAUCAGUGCCUGGUACAACAUGGGAAUGGCCCUUCAUCAGAAGCUGGCGAAGGAGAGGACUGGGGCUCCGGCACUCGCACAAUCCUUCCUGGCACAGCAGAGACAGACGACCAGCGCGCGCAGAGGACUGAAGAGCAGGCUGCAGCAGGGCCUGCCUCGAUGAGGGAGGAGCCAGGGGGUCGGGGGAGGAGUCGGGGGAGGAGCUAGUGAGCCAGGGAGGAGGGCAGGGGAGGAGCCAGGGGAGGAGCCAAUGGAGGAGCCAGGGAGUCAGGGGAGGAGCCAAGGGAGGAGCCAGGGAGUCAGGGGAGGAGCCAGGGAGCUGACUUUUCUGCAGGUGAUCAGGACAGGGAGCAAAUGAACACGCUGCCGCCCUGCUGGUGACACCUGGGUAACGCAGUCUAGUUUCAGUUCAGAAUUAAGAGUCAGGGAUUAUCUAAUGGUAUGUAAUGAUCCACCCACUUUGAAAACAGGUUUCUAAUGCAGAGUCUGGUGCUUUUCACUUUUGAAUUAUUUAGUUGAAAUGCUGAAACACACCAGCCAGGAACUUUACAUUUUCUGGGAGUUUUUUCCUGAUUUUUUUAAUUAGAUUUUUAUUAUUUUAUUGGUAUGCUUUUAAUGUAUUGUUUUAAUUUCACUACUCUACUGUAUCCCCCUUUUCCAAACCAAUACCAAACCAAAGUGUUCGGUUUAAAAAAAAAACAAAAAAAAAAAAACUUGCUCCUGAAACGAAAAUCAAGAUUUUUAUAACAUCUAAAUAAACAUAUAUAUACAUAUAUAUAAUUUCAAGCCCGUAGACAAAGUUUUCAAUACUUUUUUUUUUCCUGGUAUAGUCUGGGGAUGUUUUUGUUAAAUAUUCUAAUUUGUUUCAACUUCAGUACUAAACCUGUCUUGUGUGUGAAAAAGUCUUCCCAGAUUAGAUAGGUAACGAAUCACCCAACGCGAUCGUGUUGCUGUAUAGAUGGAAGGCUGGGUUCAAUCAAAUUGAUUUCAUCUAUGGGAUUGCCAUGGGAUUGUCUGUAUCCUCUCUCUCUCUCUUUAUAUAUAAUGAGAGCGAAAGGGUACAGUUGUAACGUUUAUUUUAAAAACAGUCAUUUAACUACCACAGAAGCCCGUGUGUUUUCAACGGGCUGGUUUUUAAUGUGCGGUCGGCAGAUGAGAAGACAGGGUUUCUGUGCAUGUCGAUGGAGGAGUCGUGUUGGAAAUGCCCCAGCCGUUCUCUUAGCUUGCCUGCCUUCCUGUGUGUUUGUAAAAUUAUAAUUGCACAGCACAGCCACUGAGAGCACCUCACUAGAAUAGUAUUACUGGCCUUUCCUGUCGCACUACGUUUAGGUUUACCACGUUUAUUAUUAUUAUUAUUAUUAUUAUUAUUAUUAUUAUUAUUAUUAUUAUUAUUGGUAAUAGUAGUAGUAUUUAAUUUUUUGUUUAAUAUUGAAAUCAAAUGCAACCCUCAGGAAACGAACAGAAAAAGCAAGCGUUUGUUUGUUCAGAAGUCGCAAACGUAUUUUGUUCACUAAAAACUGCACGAUUGAUUUAACCCCUUCAGCUGCACACGGAAUCGAGCGCCUGCUGUUGUUGUUCAAAACGGUUUGACCUUCAAACACGUUUUGAGAGCGACUCGAGCAUCACGAGGAGGAAACCGGCAAUUCGGACGACCGGAUCCACCCAGUCUGUCUGUCGGUGUAUUUGAAACCCGUGUCUCAUUGCAAAAAAAAAUGAGAAAGAUGGCAUCGAUUUUAUUUGUGUGGCUGGAAGGGUCAAAGGGCAGAUCCUGCUGUCCGCUUCCGAGCACACGGUGGAGAUGUGUGAGUUUCGUAUGAUUUCUAAGGGAUUGGUUUGUGUUUUGUUUUAAAUCUCAUUUCUGUUGUGAUCACUGGAACUUUUUAAAUGGUCUUGGGGAGGGAUUGGGGAGCUGCUGUUUUUAGUUUUAUACCAGGUACUGUAAAUGAAAGCUGAGCAAUCUAUUGUGUCUUUGCACUGCAAUGAAAUAAAACUGGAAAUUAGUAAACCAAA